CACUACACGCAAUGGGCGGUGCUGCUGUCGAAUAACAGUCCCCGACAAAUAAGACCGGGUGAUAAGCCUCUUGAAAGUCUCUGCGCGCUCGGUUAUGACGGGACUUCACUCUGAUUUAUGACUUGAUCGAGAGGGUCGUCUUCCCUUGCUGUGCUCGUGCUCCAUCUCAUCGUCGUCCCAAGAUGGAGCAUUUUAUUGCGCCCUUGCAACAGGCGAUCGGGCCUACGGUUUCGCAGCGUCCGGGAGAGACCAUUGGGCCUGUCGCUGACUAUGAUUCUUCUCAGCGGAGUAUAUGGCAAUGUCGCACUCGGAGAGCGUCGGCUUUCAUAGCGGCAGGGAACCUGCAUCUAGCUUUACUGCUCACAUCAUGGGUGCUCGCCCUACUCCCGAUACUCUUUCGCUUCAUUCGUCGAGCCGGUCGACUCAAGCUGCGAGACAACCUCGAAUCAGCGGACCGUCACUCGGAGAUCCUAGUUCAUCUUCCCACAGCAUUUGCGCACCUAGCGGCUGCCUUGGCUGCCUGUUGUCUGAGCUGGCUCGACAUACAGCAUGGCGCGAGCUGGAAACGCUCUCUGUUGUUGACAUACGUGGUAUUCCUGGGCGUGGGCUAUAUCUGCUGCAAGAAUAAUGGCUAUCGAACGCAUCUCUACCGGCACAUGAACGGCUUGGCAGUAGCGGCCUGGCUGUUGGCCGUGGUGCAGGAUCUGGUGCCCAUGACGAUUGUGGAUGCCACUUACCGGCCAAGCUCCCUUGGCGCUGCAAUCGUUGCGAGCUUGGCUGCUGUGCUGAUUAUCGCCCUCGCUACGCCCCGGCCACGACGGCCCAUGGUAGGUGACGCCGAGAUUGAGCGCUCGCUGAAGGAGGAGAAAGCGUCUCCGGAAGAGACAUGCUCCCUAUUCUCCUACUACUGUUCCUAUGAAUGGAUCACCUACGUGAUCUUCCGGGGCUGCCGCCGCGAUCUGACUCUGGAUGAUCUCCCGCCCUUGCCGUCUUACGACGAGCCGCUGAGAUGGCUCGAAAAGAUCAAGAUGCAGCGCCGCCGGGGCGGCAAGACCUUCCGCACGCUCUGUCGCUUGCUGCAGAGCGAGAUCAAUACCAUGAUGGCCUGGUCUGCGACGACGGCGUUCAUUGAUUUUAUGGCUCCGUAUUCGAUGCUGCGGCUGCUGGCGUAUCUGGAGGACGCCGAGAGCGCGGUCUUUCACCCGGCCUUGUGGAUCGCGCUGCUGUUUGUUGGCCCGAUGACGCGCUCGCUGUGCUAUCAGCAGUAUAUCUUCACGUCUACUCGCCUUGUUGUUCGGGUGAAUGUCUCUCUCGUUCAAGAGCUUUAUCAGACCGCAAUGCGUUCGUACAUCUACGACGGCUCCGUGGGCGAACACCACCACACUAAGAAACAGGAAGAGUCGCAAAACGGAGCAAAGUCAAAGGGGAAGCCUGAAACUCGCCAAGCGAAUCUAACGAGCUUGAUGUCGUACGAUGUUGACGCUAUCUACAACUCGCGCGAUAUCUUCUAUCUGGCUACUGCAGGCCCCAUAUCUAUCACACUGGCGCUGAUUUUCCUGUAUCAGAUGCUUGGCUGGCCAUCGCUGUUUGGGGUCCUCACGUUGCUGUGUCUGUCGCCCCUCCCUGCUCUGGCGUCACGCAAGGUGUCCCGCAUUCAACGCUCUGUUAUGCGGGCUACCGAUGCUCGGUUAUCUAAGAUCUCCGAGUACUUAAACUCGAUCCGGACGUUGAAGUACUUUGGCUGGGAACACGCCGCCAUAAAUUCGAUUAACGAGGUCCGUCGCGUGGAACAACGUCGUUUGUGGAGGAGGAGUGUGUAUGCCGCACUGAUAUCCAUGGCCGGGGAGUUGUUGCCGCUGCUGAGCUUACUCGUCAUGUUCUCGACCUACAUUUUGUUCACAGGUCAACCGCUCCGCGCCCCGAUUGCCUUCACCUCCUUGUCGAUCAUGGAGACUCUGCGUGUUCUAUUCGUCUGGCUUUCCAACGUCAGCAGAUACACGGCGCAGGGAUCGGAGUCGCUGCGCCGCAUUGACAAUUUCCUCGAGACAGCGGAUGAGAUCAAGCGGCAUCCGGAGGGGCCGCUGGAAUUGAUCGAUGCGACAUUCAGGCCGACGCCCGUUGCAGCUUUCCGGCUGCAGGACGUGACCAUCAAGUUCAAACCGAAUGCGCUCAACGUAGUCACCGGUCCGACUGGAAGCGGGAAGACGACUCUGCUACUCUCUUGUUUGGGUGAAACCGUCAUGGAGUCGGGGACAGCGUCUUGUCCGCCUGAUGUUGCAUACGUCCCACAGGCUCCCUGGCUUCAGAAUGAUACAAUUCGUCAGAAUAUUGUCUUCUACGGUCCGUUCGAUGAGAAUAGGUAUGCCACCGUGGUCGAGGCAAGCGGUCUAGCGCAGGACUUGAAACAGCUCCCCGCUGGCGAUAUGACCCGAGUCGGAGAGAAGGGCACGUCUCUGUCCGGCGGUCAGAAACAGCGGGUGUCUUUCGCUAGGGCCUUAUAUUCCUUCUCUUCGACUUUGUUGCUGGAUGACAUCUUCUCUGCCCUUGACACUCACACUUCUACUCUUGUGUACGAGAAGUGUUUCCGUAGUGGGAUGCUCAAAGACAGGACUGUUGUUUUGGUCACGCAUUACCCAGCUGCUUUGCAAGACGCGGAGUCGAUCAUUCGUCUUGAGCAUGGCAAAUUGGUCCCGGCCCAAACUCUUUCGCGGGCUCUCACACCGGUGCUUGCAUCACCGGCAGGCUGCGGCACGCCUGAUCUGAUACCAGUUGGGGACGAAACGGCUGAAGAACCACCCUUCAACGCCCCGUCAGAGCUUCCAAUGCCCCCUGUUCCUCCUGUAGCCGAUCAACACGCUGCGCAAGGACGCAUUGUUGAGGAGACAUCUUCUACUGGGCGCGUUCCUCGCACAUUGAUGUUCAGCUAUAUGCGUCUUUUCGGCGGCGCGGGGUACGCUCCCCUUGUCAUUUUAGCAACUAUCUCCGUUCAAUUUGCCUACUUCUCCAUCACCUACUGGCUCUCGAUCUGGACGGGGGCGUACGAGAAGGAGGAACACGUCAAUACCUUGUUCUACUUGGGGAUCUAUGCGGCCGCGAUUUUUACUUUCCUCUUCUUGCAAGUCUGCAACAAUCUCAUCUACCAACGUGGCAGUUGGGUGGCCGCCAGAACUAUGCAUCAGAGGCUGGUGACCGCCAUACUGUCUGCGCCUAUUGCUUGGUUUGACCAAAACCCAAUCGGGCGCGCCAUCAACAGAUUCGGCAACGACACGCGGUCGAUGGACACGAUUCUGGUCGAAUGGCUGCGAAUGUCUAUCGAGAAUUCACUACGAUUCUUGCUGCGCAUCGCCAGCGUCGCGUCUAUCAUGCCCAUCUUCGCCCUCCCCGCCGCCAUCAUCUGCUCCGCGGGCUUCAUCAUGGGCGAGAUGUACACCCGUGCUCAGGUGUCCAUCAAACGACUUCGCUCCAUCAGCUACUCUCCGGUCUUUUCGCACUUCACCGACUCCAUCUCGGGUCUGAGCGUCAUCCGCGCCCGCAACGGGAUGGACCAGGUCUUCCAGACCCUGCUGGCCGACAAGCUGGCCGUGCAUUCGCGCACCGCCGAGGCACAGUACAACUGCAACCGCUGGGUUUCCGUGCGAUCCGACUUCUGCGCCGCCUCCGUGUCCGCCGCCGCCGGCUGCGUCGCCUACUUCUGGUCCGGCUCGGCCGGCCUCGUGGGCUUCUCACUCACCAACGCGAUCGGCCUCAGCCAGACGAUUUUGACUCUGGUGCGGACGAUGAACGAACUUGAAAUCGAACUCAACUCGUUCCAGCGCAUGACAGAAUACGCCGCGAUCGAGCCGGAGGAGAAGUUCACCAAGGAGGAGCAUCACCGAGCCCUCACCAGUCUCCCGGCCAGCUGGCCCACCUCCGGCCGCGUGGAGUUCUCCAACGUCACCGCGCGCUACCAGCCCGACGGCCCCGACGUCCUCCGCGGCGUCUCCUUCGUCGCUCAUCCGGGCGAACGCAUCGCCAUCGUCGGCCGCACCGGCAGCGGCAAGAGCACGCUCGGCCUGUCCCUGUUGCGGUUUGUGGAGAUUGUUGACGGUACCAUCACGAUCGACGGGGUCGACAUCAACCACAUCCUCCUGAACCGCCUCCGCACCAGCGUCACCCUCAUCCCGCAGGAACCCGUCCUCUUUUCCGGAACCGUCCAGUCCAACCUGGACCCGUUUGGCGAGUCCAGCGAAUCUGAACUUCAAUCCGCCCUCGCAGCCUGUACCUCCUCCAUUCACAUUCCUGUCCACGACCACCACCACGACCACCACCACCCAUCCUUCCCUACGGCAGAAACAUCAGCAGCAGAAACACGAACAGGCACCACCCACCGCCCCCUCACCCUCGACACCCCCGUCGCCGCCAACGGCGAGAAUUUCAGCCAGGGCCAGCGCCAAGUGCUGAGCCUCUCGCGCGCCCUGUGCCGGCGCUCCAAGGUCGUGCUCCUCGACGAGGCAACCGCCUCCGUUGACCACGAGACCGACAUGCAGAUGCAGCGCGUCCUGCGCGAGAUGUUUGCUGAUUGCACGAUCAUCGCGAUCGCGCAUCGCUUGCGAACGAUUAUGGAUUAUGAUCGCGUGUUGGUUAUGGCUGGGGGGGUCAUUGUUGAGAAUGAUUCGCCGAGGAAGUUGGUGGAGAAGCAGGGGUUGUUCUGGGAUAUGUUGAGAAAUACGGGGGAGUUUGAGGAGUUGGUGGGAUUGAUUGGGGGGGAUUGAUUUGGUGUAGAGAGUGGCGAUGGUAUGUAUAUGAUGAAUGAGCUUUGGCUACUGGGUGUUGGUGAUGUGUGGUGUUUAUACUAUCUGCUCUUUUAGAUUGUUACAUAGAUGGUGGGACUCGGAGUAAAUCUGAGAGCCUUGGGUAUGAA